GAUCAUUCCACUGGCUGCGCCUCGGCAGCUUACUGGCAGCUAUCCUUGCCCUGACAAACGCCUCCCUAUUUAUUAGAUGGGCCUCCAUACUCUCUGAGCAUCCACAUCCCCCGCGCCUCGCUAGGAACACCACAGACAUGAGCACUCUCCGCAAGCUCAAGGCGUACAUCGUCGGCGGCGUCGGCGUAGACCACGGCGCCGAGCUCAAGGCCGCCGACAUCCCAGUGUCCGAGGUGGACUGCCGCGGGUGCGCGAACCCCUGCGAUGAAGGACACGACGAAUAUCCACCAAGGUUCGAUGUGGACAUGGAAACAGAAAUGCUCGGUUCCAUGAAGCCGUACGCCAUGCAGGUUGUGAUCUCUACGGGAAAGUCGGAUUGGGAGAAGGAGGUGACGGAUGCGUCGGGCACGCUCGCUGCGUAUGUCGACGCCGCCCGGGGCGAGUCCAAGCCCCCAAAGGACAAGAGUGCCAACAGCGCACCAGCGGCGAACGGCGUGGGCGGCCUCCCGGGCGUGUACAAGUCCACGGAGACCUCGAAGGUCACCAUCCUGAACGGGAGCCACAGGACCGUCAGCGACGACGCGACGCACGAGACGGUCCUGGUGUUCCCGCAGUACAAGGUCGUGGCGGACGUUGAAAGCUCGGCCGACGGUGCGAAGAAGCUCUUGCACUCGCUCAAGAAUGCGAAGGAGAGCGAGGGACUGAAGACCUAUGUGCUGCCUUACGCUUCCGUGGUCAUGCUAUGCUCGCACAAGCGGAGGGACAACCGCUGCGCCAUCGCUGCACCCAAGCUCGAGCACACCUUCACGGCGGCGCUCGAGCGCGAGGGUUGGGAAGUCCACACCCAGGUCGAGGACCCCUCGCUGUCCGGCCCUCCCCUCGAGGAGUUCGCCGGCUCGGAAGAGGAGCUGAACGCCGAGAUAGAGAAGCGGCUGAAGGCCUCCGCGGAGUCGAAGCGCGUUCUCGUCAUCCGCAACUCGCACAUGGGCGGGCACAAGUUCGCGGGGAACGUCAUUAUCAACACACCCCAGGGUGCCUGUGUGUGGUAUGGGCGCGUCACGCCGCACGAGGUGGACGCGAUAGUGAAGGAAACGGUAAUGGGAGGGAAGGUUUUGCCUCCGCUCCUCCGCGGAGGACUCAACAUUUCGCGCCCUGGUCACGCGAGUUUGCAUGAUUGGUAGAGACACCUGUUAUACGCGCUACGCCUGUUGCAUCUAUGGUAUCACUAUGUCUGCGGUUUGUCAUAUGCGCGCUCAA